GUGCAGAGGAGUCUAGAAACUGUAGUUUAGCUGUGUGCUGAGGAGGAAAAGAGAACCAGUCCCUCUGCACCUAGAGAACACUGAAAUGUGAAGGUUGGACAUAGGAUGAAGGACUUGCAGGAGACAGCAAAGAGUCCUUAAAAGAGAAACGGGAAUAAAAAUGGCAUCUAGGAGAAAAUAGUUUGGAGGCCUGGACUAGAGUGAGGCAAGCAAGGUUCGAGGUGAAAAAUAGACCUUAGGAAGGGGAGGGCAAGGAAGGGAAGUGUUGAUUUUGUACUCAGUGUCAUCUGCAGAGUUUUCUCCCUGGAUUAUCAGUUGAAUGCGCCAGGGAGGAAUGAUCCCAUUUUACAGCUAAGGAAACUGAGGGGCAGAAAAAAGGAAAAGGUAUUGGGAAUGAGGAGGGAAUUAGGAUCUGAACCUAGGACUCAAGCCCACGAUUUUCCCAGUGCACCCAUCAAAGAAGCUUUCCAGCUGUCACCAGCAGCCUCCCCUAGGCUGGGCGUGCGGAGGGAACUGGGUCUCUGGCUCCGAGUUACGCAAGCAAGAGCUCUUCCAGUCCAGUAGAAAGUGGAAGAAGGUCUGUACAGCCCCAGGGGUCCUGGGAGAGGGCAGGAGGGAGCCCCUGAGAACUUGGGAAGGGCUGGCUGGACCAGCCCCUUCCUCCUUCCUCUGGCAGCCCCACCCCUUCUGGGCCUCCAAGAAACAGGAUCUGAGCAGUGGACUCGCUGGCCCUUCAACUCCAAGCCGUCAUGGACCCUGAAGGCCUGGCGCUGCUGCUGCCCCCUGCCACUCUGGCGGCCCUGGCAGACAGCUGGCUCCGAGAGGACUGCCCAGGUCCCAACCACGCAGCCUUGGUCACCGGGGCAGCCCCCGCGCAGGCGGCCCUGUGGGCCAAGUCCCCCGGGGUACUGGCCGGGAGGCCUUUCUUCGAUGCCAUCUUUGCCCGAGUCAACUGCCAGGUCUCCUGGCUCCUCCCCGAGGGCUCCAAGCUGGUGCCUGUGGCCAAGGUGGCCGAGGUCCGGGGCCCCGCCCACUGCCUGCUGCUGGGGGAGCGGGUGGCCCUGAACACGCUGGCCCGCUGCAGUGGGGUCGCCAGCGCUGCGGCCUUGGCGGUGGAGGCCACCCGGGGGGCCGGCUGGGCCGGGCACGUGGCGGGCACCAGGAAGACCACGCCAGGCUUCCGGCUGGUGGAGAAGUACGGGCUUCAAGUGGGCGGGGCCGUCGCCCACCGCUACGACCUGGGAGGGCUGGUGAUGGUGAAGGACAACCACGUCCUGGCAGCCGGCGGAGUGGAAAAGGCUGUUCGAGGCGCCCGGCAGGUGGCGGACUUCUCGCUGAAGGUGGAGGUGGAGGUCAGCAGUCUGCAGGAGGCCGUGGAGGCGGCCGAGGCAGGAGCAGACCUCGUCCUGCUGGACAACUUCAGGCCCGAGGAGCUGCACCCCACGGCUGCUGCGUUGAAGGCCCGGUUCCCGAGUGUGGGCGUGGAGGCCAGCGGGGGCAUCACCCUGGCCAACCUGCCUCAAUUCUGCGGGCCCCACAUUGACGUCAUCUCUCUGGGGAUGCUGACCCAGGCUGCCCCGGCCCUUGAUUUCUCCCUCAAGCUCUUUGCUGAAGGGACCACUCCAGUGUGCCGUGCCUACCGGCCCUAAAGCAAAAGAGAGUGCCCCUGGGAGUGGAAUAACACGGUUGCUUGGGCCCCUGGAGGCUGUAGUUCAGGACUCGCUAGGUGUUAGCCUGGGCUGAAGUCUGGCUCUGCCUGUGUGGGGUGGAGGGCUGAUUUCACCUCUGCUACCCUGUAAAAUGGGUUUGAUAAAUGAUCAACCGUCUGGA